AUGGCUUCCCGACAGGACCCUCCGGUGGAAGAUUCGCCAAUCCUCGCACCGCAUCAGUUUUCAUAUAUGAAGUUGCAGUGCACGGCUGGCUUUGUGCUGACUGGCCUCCUUGGAGCUGCGGCACUCGCUUUGGCAUUCGUCUCGCUCUUCUCUGGCAGGAAACAACCUGAAGAAAUCGCCCAAGUUGCUGCGCAAGGCCUUUUGGUUCCUUUGCUUUUUGGUAUGGCAAUUUUGAUGCAGACGGUCCAGCACGAUGCCCCAGCUAAGGCGAAGCGAAUCAUUCUUGCUGGGAUUAUAACAAAUUCGGGUUUUAUGUUUGUAUCUGGCGUUUUCGGUGUGGUAAACGGCGUCAUGACAACAUAUGGGGAUAAUGAAAAGAAGUCCGCUGGCGUGAAGCUAGGCAAUAUAGCACUGCUCGUGCUAGGUGUUCUGAGUGGCGUUGCUCUAUCGUAUGGAAUUCGAGAGCUUACUCAAGCACUGAGCAGCAGGUUGGAAGACCCUACCAUCGAGCGUGCCACCUUGAGCGAGGCCCAAGACAAAACUGCUGUUACUUCAAAUUAA